AUGUUCCACGAGUGGGACCAGCUGGUUGUCAGGCUGGACGUGUGGCACUUCCUGCGACGGUUCGCGGCGGGUGUCACCACGGACAGUCACCAGCUGUACAGCCUCUUCACGGGCCGCCUCUCCUUCUGCGUCUUCGAGUGGGACGCCGAGGAUGUGGCCCGUCUACAGGAGGCCAGGCAGCCGGAGCUCGGGGAGGCACCGCGGUCCAGAGGCCGCUUGACUGACGCCGGGUAUUCCGGCAGACCCACGGCCAAGGAGCUGGCUCGGCACUGUCGGCGCCACACGCGUGGGGCCCAGGAGACCGAGCUGCUCGUCCAGGAGCUGCUGGAAGACUACAUGGAUGUGACGGACACCAUGGGCAUCAGCCUUCUGGACCGCGAGAAGAUGGAGGACAUCUGGCAGACCCAGAGGCGCCACCUCCACUGCAUUCUGGACCCUCCUGGUGUUCAGCUGUACAGGAGGGUGGGGCAGGUGACCGGGGGAGGGGUCGUCCUGCCUGUGUAUCGCUGCGCACGCGGUUCCACGUCCCUGGAGUUGUUCCACCUGCACCUGAACCGCUUCGUACCUGGUACAAGUGCGAGUGCCCUGCACUUCCAAGCGUACCUGCUUGAAGGGAUGGUGAGGUGGAACGAGGACCGUGCGGCAGCGGCAGUGGAGGGAAGCGAUCCUACUCAGGUUUGCUACAGCGGCCAGUUGCAGCACUGCGCCAACCAGCUGAGCCAGCAACUCCUUGGGCUCCAGCUGGCUGAGGAUUACACUAGGCCUGGAGAGUAUACAGGUGAGCUCAUCGGGGUGGAAUAUCUGUACUCUCAGACCGGCGUAGUGCUGCAGGAAGACCUCGGCAGGGAUCCAGACGUUCCAGAUGGGAUCAGCGAUGAGGACCUUCCAGAGCUGGAGGACGAGGGCUUCGAGGACGUGGACGUGGGAUUCGAUGAGUUUGCGGACCCCACUUGCUCCGAGCACAGUCUCGAACCACUGCCACCUCUCCAUCGCGCAGCGGUGGAACCUCGUACUCCAGCUGCCUCGUCGCGGACCCGGCCGGACCCGGCCGAGUCCUCGGCGUCCGGGAUGACCAAGGAGACUGUCCCUGACUGCCAGGUUGCUACCCAGACUCAGGCUUUGUGUGGGGAUGAGGAGGAUGAGAGCCUGGGACCUGAUGGUGUUCCAGGCUACCAUCACGUAGUAAACCUGGCCGACAGUCUGGUGGACCUGCGUCACCAGGCCUUUGUGACACAGCAGAGGGUAGACAGCAUCGUCGCUCUCUGGGACAAACUGCCAGAGAGUGACAAGGGCGGCGUUGCCUACCCACCACGUCACAGAGACCGACUUAUCAAGGGACGGUUUAAAAGCAGCUACUCUAAGACCUUUGUUGUAGCUGGAACAGAGAGUCGAGCGCUGCUUCCUUGGACAAGGCAGCGGGCCUACUCAGUGGCCCAGCGUCAGCUGCCUGGUGGAGGCCGUGUGCCUGGCGCUUUGUCAGACCGUCGCUGGCGUCAGGAUGAACAGGUGGGCUGCCGUCAUGAGGGACGUAGUCCUUGGCAGCCACGGCCUCAUGACCCGGACCCGUAUUCAACUUUUUGAGUUGAAUCAGCGGACACUGACCCAGUGGUGCAACGCCAAGAAGAAAAAGCAGGAACAGGAUGUUCUGCACCUGAGCAGUGGCCAGUCCAGCACUCCCAUGGUGGCCCUGGAACCUC